AUGGCGAGCCUGACGGUGCCGCCGGUGCCGACGUGGCCGCGGCAGGACGCGAUCGACCUCCACAAGGCGUUCCGAGGGUUCGGGUGCGACAGCACGACGGUGAUCAGCAUCCUGGCGCACCGCGACGCGGCGCAGCGCGCGGCGAUCCAGCAGGAGUACCGCGCCGUGUUCAACCAGGACCUUGCCCGUCGCAUCGCGUCGGAGCUCAGCGGCAACCACAAGCGCGCCAUGCUGCUGUGGGUCCUGGACCCGGCCACGCGCGACGCCACCAUCCUGAAGCAGGCCCUCACCGGCGACGUCACCAACCUGCGCGCCGCCACGGAGGUGGUCUGCUCCCGAACGCCGUCGCAGCUGCGGGUCGUGCGGCAGGCGUACCGCGCCAGGGCCGGCGAGCGGCGGCUGGGCACCGACGAGCGCGCCUUCAUCCGCGUCUUCAGCGAGCGGAGCUGGGCGCACAUGGCGGCCGUGGCGCGCGCGUACCACCACAUGUACGACCGCUCCCUGGAGCAGGCCGUCAAGAGCGAGACGUCGGGGAACUUCGGCUUCGGCCUCCUCACCGUGCUGCGCAGCGCCGACAGCCCCGCCAGGUACUUCGCCAGGGUGCUGCACAAGGCCAUGAAGGGGCUGGGCACCUCGGACUCGGCGCUCAUCCGGGUCGUCGUCACCAGGGCCGAGAUCGACAUGCAGUACAUCAAGGCAGAGUACCACCGCAUGUACAAGCGCUCGCUCGCCGACGCCAUCCACGCCGAGACGUCCGGCAACUACCGCACAUUCCUCCUCUCCCUCGUCGGCCGCGACCGCACCUACUGA